AUGAAGGAUCCAACAUCUCUCUUCCCUACUGAAAAUAGUAGUGGGGACGCCGAAAAAGAAUUACUUGUCAAGCAGCGCUCUGUGUCAUCAUCUGAAGAUGGCACAACUUACGACAUUGCAACCACGACACGAUCUGCAUGCAUCGUCGCGGUGUCGACAGGCGCAAUCCUCGCCCUGCUGUGUUUUGUAACUGGGAUAUAUAUUUUUGCGACAAACGGGAAGACACUGGUUGCUCCAUGGUCCAUCUCAUCAGCAGGCCAGGAAGCCCUAGUGCUAGCCGUCAACGCUGUGCUCACGCUCUGCAUCGAUGGCAUGAUGCUCGUGCACUCGGUCUCGUUGCGUUGGGCACUAUAUCGCGACGGACGUCUGGAAUACAAUACCAAUAUCCGGCUUUUCACCAGCUUGAAAAGCUCCGGGCCAAAUAAAUGGUACAUCAACGCGUUGGCGCUCUUCUGUCUGGUGCUGUCGUAUGGCUCCUCGUCUAUUUUGUUGCUGGACAAUCAGGAAAUCGAUACGAACGUGGAAUGGAGCGAGGUAGUCAGCGGACAAACUCGACUGGCGGUUAAUGCUACAGCCCUGGUAGCGCUGGCCCUGGGGCUCGCCGGCCAGGCUGCCAUUGCGGUAUGGUGUCUAACACUUUCUAGCAGUAAGUUGAUAGUACCAACCUGGAGUUCCAAUCCACUUAAUACAACACUGGCCGCGAUGCAAAAUGCCAAACUCACGCACCGGCCGGGGAGGUGUAUGCUGUCAGUGCACCAGAGACACGAGCCGUCAAACCAAGCAGUAUACCCUGCAGCCAAACAAGGGAACAUAUUGCAAGCACAGCGCGGUACUGUGCAAUACAUUCUCACACUACUAUGGACACUAGCCAUUUUCGCCAUCGCAUGGCCCAUUGCUGUCGCUGCUGUCUCCAUGCGCAUAGGCAAUGCCAGUGCCUAUGGCCAGGCUGCCACGAAGGAGCCUUCUGUAUCAUGCUGGAGGUUUGGUUUCGACUGGAACGAGGACUCCUCAGCAUGUUUCCGGAACUAUGUGACACUGUCUUUAUCCCCAUCCGCAAACACCCACAAUCCGAACGCCGGAACAUUCUCAUAUGGCGCGCAGGCAGUUCUCUGCCUCCUCCUUGUCUGUGCCAUCCAAGCUGGUCAGACAAUUGCCCUGCACUGCGCGGAGCUGCUUGUCAACUUGUCUCGCGACGAAGCCACCUGGCGAAAGGCCUAUAGUAAUAAUAGUGAGACGACGAAAAAGCGAGAAACAGCAGCAGCUGCUGCUGCUCCAGGCGGCGCACAGCUCCGCACAAACCCAUUCAGCGCAAAUGUAUCCAGCUGGGAAAGCAUUGUUUUAUUCAUCGCCAAAGCAGUCAUGCAUUGGAUCAUUGGUCGAAGCGUGCUCCCUUCGAUUGGCCUUGAAGAUAACGGAGAAAGCUAUUAUUCUCCUUACCAAAACGGGCUUCAGUUUGAUAUGGUAUACUCGCGACUAAUCAUAUUCGCCGUUUUGGCUAUUCUGCUAGCUGUGUUUGCGACAUAUCUGGCCUUGCAGAAAACGCGGGGGUGCCAGCCGGCGACGUUUGGCCAUUUGCAGACGCUGGCUGAUCUUGUUGAUGACUGGGAGACGGACCACAAUGGACGCUUGUGGUGGGGAGAUAAGACUCUGUGUGGAGAGGCUGAUUCUGACGGUCAGACGCGUCAUGCUGGGACAAGUUGCGAUAGGGCUUUGCUUAGUCCGAUAUACGCUGGAGCUGCAUAUUCUGGAAUGAAUACAUAA